CGUGGUCAAGCGCACACAAUUGAAAGCAUUGGACCUGCCAUUGAGUGUGUUCAUCAACGGUUCCCCAAACAGGGCUCGCACGACAUGAAGCAAACCCUUAGGCAAGAGGAACAUAUUAUGGUUCCAAGAGACUUAAUACUGCAGUACAUGAACCUUCACCAUCCGGAUGAAGUUCAGCACCAGAAGAGUCGCCGGCUCAAAUGCAGCACUUUUUGGACUGCAGGUCUUCAUGACAUUUGGGUUUUUGACCAACAUGACAAGUGGCAUCGUUUUCAGCUCUUCCUACAUGUUGGUAUUGAGCCGUUCUCAGGGCGAAUACUCUGGCUCAAGAUCUGGUGGACCAAUCACAAUCCACGCUUGAUCUGUGGCUGGUAUUGUGACACGGUCCAAAGCCUUGGAGCUAUGCCUCUCGUUAACCAAAGCAAUCCGGGCACAGAGAACAAUGGGAUUGCGAACAGUCACACCAUGCUUCGUCAUCUUCAAGAUCCAGGUCUAGCAUGCACCCUGCAGCACAAGUUCAGAGGCGACCAUCGCAUGUGUUGCCAUCCUUCUUGUAAUGACAAAUGCGCAGUUUGA